AUGCAGAAGGGAGUCGAAAGGAUGUCUUCUCAAAAUCGGCCUGAAGAUUUAGAUUCAUCAGGGGUAGAACCAGACGCUCUUGUGGAAGGAGUACGUGAUGUAAACCUUGAUGAAACUCUGGAUAGCAAAUUAUUGGCCAAUGCGCUACGAGACGGAGCUACCAGUGGUCUAUCUGGAAUGGAUGAAAGUGAAGCCUCGAUUAUUUCUGGAGAACCUCCGAGUGCACUAGUGAAUCAACCAUUUCCUCAGACAAGCACGAAGGUCUAUUACCACAUAGAUGAUGAACCUACACCUUACCUUACUGAAGUUCACGUGCCUCCUGAUUUGAUAACGUUGGGAGAUGUUAAACGGGUGCUGAUGCGUUCAAAUUUCAAAUAUUACUGCAAGGCUCUUGAUCAAGAUACGGGAUGCGAAGUGAAAGCAGAAAUUCGCGACGAUAUGGAGCGAUUGCAUCGCUCAUCGAAUGGUCGCUUUGAAUUGUUUCUCCUCACUACUGAAGGUUCUACUCAUUCCGAUGGUUCUUCAGGCCUUCCGAAGAUGGGACGCCAUCACGUUCCCGGUCCUGCUCCCUCGAGCAUGUAUUACCUCAGCCAAAAUGCUUAUCGUCAAGCAGUGCACCAGUACGACAAUAGUCUGCUCAGUACGGAUUCGGAAUCGAUGGUCUCAGCUGGAGUUCCACAGUACAUGAAAGGGAGCUUCAAUAGAAGGCAGAUUCAAACGCAAUACAUGAUGGGUCACCGUGGGCGUCGCUUUGAAGACUCCACUAUAGGGUCUGAAAGUGAUGCCAGGAUCUUCUCAGAUGAAGAUGACAGAGGAUCUACUGCAACGGAUAUCACGUCAGUUUCUCGGCAGCAUGAAAAUAUAUAUAAAAAACAGCGAAGGAGGCGACAGUACCGGCGUCCGUCUAGAGCGUCCUCUUUUUCGAGUAUUACAGAAUCUUCCAUGAGUCUUGAUGUUGACACUGUAAUUCUGAAUAUGGAUACCGUUAAUUUCCUUGGAAUCUCUAUAGUAGGACAGAGUUCCGCUCGAGGGGACAAUGGAAUUUAUGUGGCCAAUAUAAUGAAAGGAGGUGCUGUAGCUUUGGAUGGCCGGAUAAGUGCAGGAGACAUGAUUCUGCAGGUCAACGAUAUAUCGUUCGAUAAUUUCACGAAUGAUCAAGCGGUGGAUGUUUUGCGGGACGCGGUUGCUAGAAAGGGUCCUAUCAAGCUUACGGUUGCCAAAUGUUUUGAUAGUGGACCAAAGAGCUGUUUCACGAUACCCAGAAAUCACAGAGAUGAGCCUGUCAGGCCAAUCGAUACACAAGCCUGGAUUCAGCACACAAAUGCCAUGCGUGGAAUGCCAAGCAUACUGGAAGGGUCAGAAGGAGCGCCAACCCCUAUACCAGGAGACUGGCCUCAUGGGCGACCGCCGAGCAGUUCCACCGUAACAUCUACUGGAUCAAAUGGUCAAAAUACUGUUGUAACCGGGCAGCACAUCCGGUUAGAUAUACACACCGAUAGAAAGAAGGUAGUUGAAGUGAUGGCAAUGCCCAAUUCUGGUUUGGACAUCAAAAACAGGACGUGGCUGAAGAUUCCUAUCCCCAUGUCAUUUCUAGGCAAAGAUCUAUUGGAUUGGCUUUUGGCUCAUGUUGAUGGAUUGCUCGAACGAAAGGAUGCUCGGAAAUACGCGGCUGAACUACUCAAGCGGAAAUUGAUUGCACACGUUGUUAACAAAAUUACAUUCACUGAACAGUGUUAUUAUGUGCUCGGAGAAGAGUGCUCAGAUUUCGCCCGUUACCGUGUUCAUCCAGAAGAAUUGGUUGCUCACCAACAACAUAACCCUGGUCAGCAGCGAACGCAAUGGACAACUGUGCCAGGAGGCACAGGAUCAAAGGCCCCUGCAUCGAUGGUAAGCGGGUACGCGUCAAUGCCGGUCUCACCUUUUCCUCAUUUUCCCGCUGCAGGUGCACCUAUUACCCAUCGUGCGGGAGGAGCUGACGUAAGGUCACAAGCCAGUGGUGGAUCUGGAGAAGGGAGUGGUUCAGGAAGCGAUCACAAAAGGCACCGUCAAGUGGUAAUUCCGGUAGCAUCGUCAACAUUGGGGACAACAACCAGGUUGGACGAAGUACCUUCGGAUCUAGGUGCUAGUAGACAGUCUUUUCGUAUGGCGAUGAACCAUCCCUACGAGUUUUUUGUUGACAAUCUUUGA